GUUUAACCACUUACUUCCGGCAUCUACGACGGCCUCAAUACAGCAACGAUGGACUCGGAUGAUGACAUGCUCAGUCUGGAUGAAUCUGCGCCGCCAGAGCAGCAUGCGGCGAGUGACGAGUCGCGGGGCAAGAAGAAGAGGAAGGGCGGAGGCUUCCAGUCGAUGGAUCUCAGCGCCGGCGUGCUCAAGGGCGUCCUCAGGAUGGGAUACAAGGUCCCGACUCCCAUCCAGAGAAAGUGCAUCCCGCCCAUUCUCGAAGGUCAAUAGAUACACACGCAGCGGAGUGAGGGUCAUUCACCCGUGCCUCUGAGGAUGCAGGAUGUGGGUGUGCCUCUGUGUUGUGUUCGUUGUGUGUGUGUGUGUGUGUGCAGGUGUAGAUGUGGUAGCCAUGGCGCGCACAGGGUCGGGCAAGACGGCCGCCUACCUCAUACCCAUCCUGCAGAAGCUGCAGGCACACUCAGGUGAAGCGAAGGCAAACCAGGAGCCCAUGCGCAACACGAAUCUCUCUGUGUGUGUCAGUUGUUGUGGGUGUGCGGUGUGUGAUCCUCUCGCCCACACGAGAGCUGGCCAUACAGACGUCCAAGUUCGCAAAACAACUCGGUGCGUCACGUCCAUGAAUGAGCCUCCAGUCGGCUCAGUGUCCCGAUUGGCCAUCCAUCCAUCCACCCAUCCAUCCAUCCAUCAGGUCGCUUCACGGAUUUGCGUCUGUGUAUGCUGAUUGGCGGCGGUUCGAUGGAGAGGCAGUUCGAGCGGCUGUCCAACAACCCCGACAUCAUCGUGGCGACGCCCGGUACGUGCGCAUUCCAUUCAUGGAUGCAUGUGACUUAUCUGUGCGUCUAUGUGUGUGUGUGUGUGUGUAUGUGUGUAGGUCGGCUGAUGCACCACCUGGUUGAGACCGACCUGCGACUGACAAGGGUGCAGGUGCUCGUCUUCGACGAGGCAGAUCGGCUGUUUGAGCUGGGGUGCGUUACCGGCCACAUACACGGAGCAUCGGACAUUCUCAACCAAUGCCGUGGUUGGUACGUGCGCGUGUGCAGGUUUUCCGACCAGCUGCGGGAGAUCCUGAGCAAGGUCCCGUCCACGCGUCAGUGUCUGCUGGUGUCGGCCACACUCCCAUCACAGCUGGUGGAGUUCUCAAAGGUGCGCAAAGGCACACACACACAUACACACCUGCACCUGUGGCUGUGGUGUGCGCAGGCCCGUUUGCGCGAGCCGGUGUUUGUGCGUCUUGAUGUGGAAAACACGCUGUCGGAUCAGCUCAAGCUGACAUUCCUCUACCUACGGUACACAGGGAAUGGCCUCACUCGUCUGUGCGCAUCUGUGUCCGUCUAAGUGUGUCUGUCUGUCUGCAGGUCUGAGGAAAAGCUGGCCUGCGUCUUAUUUCUGUUCCGCCAAGUCAUCAAGGUGACAUCGGCCACCAGACGCAACGCACACACAUGGAUGGAUGUCCACGUGCGCCGAUGUGUGUGUACACAGGCUCCCGACAAGGCCAUUCUCUUCGCUGCGACGCGCCAUCACACAGAAUUUCUCGGGGCUCUGCUCAGAAAGGUACACACACACACACACACACACACACAAACUGUCAUCGUUUCCACGCACUCUCUGUCUGACCAGGUCGGGGUGUCGUGUUCCAUCGUCUACGGGACGAUGGACCAGACGGCCAGAGAGCAGCAGCUCGCGCACUUCCGGAAAGGCGUCACUCGCGUGUUGGUGGUGACUGACGUGGCGGCAAGGGGGCUUGAUAUACCAUUCCUCGAGUAAAGGGAGACACUGGGACACCCGUAAACACGCACACACACGUGUCACACACAGGUAUGUGGUUAAUUUCGACUUCCCCACCUCGCCCAAGCUCUUCGUCCACCGGGCGGGCAGGACGGCUCGAGCUGGACGGUCAGGCAGCGCCAUAUCGUUGGUGACCUCUCCCGACCUGCCCUACACGAUGGAGCUGCUGCUCUUCCUCGGCAGAAAGCUCAGAGUCGCCGGCCAUGGCCAUGAAGACCCCCAACACACCGACACACAGCAACAGGAUGACAGCGACAAGUGAGCUGGGAGUGUGUGUGUCCCUGCAUCACCAUGUCUGUCUCGUCAUUGUCCGUUGUUUGUCAGUUCGUGUGUGUAUCUGGGAGGAGUGCCUCACCUAGAGGAUGACACCGAGUGGAUCAGAGCGCAGAUCGGCGGCGGCAAAAAGGGCGAGGAGGCGUCGGCCGCUGGAGGCGAUAGCGAGCUCAAAAGGCUGUACGGCGCCAUGGACGGGUACGCCAGCCACAGAUACAGACACAUGAUGUCCUUCCCACACAGAUGGCCGCCGUGUGUGUGCAUGUGCCAAUCAGGGCUUACAAGUUGUAUUACAAGACUCGCCCCUCUGCGAGCAAGGCCUCCGUGAAGCGCACCAAGGAGCUGAUCCAGCAGGUCGGCGGCGUCGCCAAGCUCGGCAGCACGCCACACCCAGAUUUCGGGACACAAUUCAGCGAAACAGAGGUCAGUACGUGAGAGCCCACAUGGAUAAGAGGUCUGUGUACACCGAUCUGUGGUGUGCUGUGCUGUCCGUCAGGCCGCCCGGGCGCAUUUCAUCGACGACCUGCGUCGGUUUCGGCCGCGCGCAGAGGACAACAAGGGCAGGGUCUUGUCGCCGGAGAUACUCCAACGUACGACACUCCAGUGGCAAGAGAAAUACGGGCGUCCAUUUACACGUGUUGGUGCACGUGUGUGUGCGUGUGUGUCUGUCUGUUCGUGCCCAUGGCAGGGAUGCAGCAGCACAGGGACAUUCACACGCUGCAGCACUACUCAACCAAGAGACAAGAAGAAGACGAGCAAGACGAGCUAGGUCAGACGAAAGCACCACAGCCCACACACAUAGGCACCUCUCAUGUGCCUCCCUGUUAUCAUCACGCAGACCAAAGCGACGACCAGGACGAAGGUGACAGCGCCCCCGCGACAAUGGCCCAGCGAUCACAUCAGACCACCACACCGUCCCCCACACCCGCCCACCCUCCCCGGCCCCGCAUGAGCAAACGGCGCCGAAACAAACUGGCCAAAAUGGGCGGACAAGCAGAAAACGGCCAGCAGGACCUCGAAGCCAUGGAGGAGGAGGGCAUCACUGUGGCUGUGGGCGCUUACGGCGACACCAAGGCGCACCAGCUGCAGCAGGAGCACGAGGUCGAUCAGGAUGGGGCGAACGUCUUUGAGCGGACGACAAAGGUGCGUACCGAUGCACUCGACACACACAACCAUACACACCGACACAGAUCGACGCAUCUUUCCAUCCAUCAGCGUGACCCGACUUUUUAUCUUUCGGCCACGAUGGACGCCCGCAACGAGGCCAAGGAGCGGGGCCUGCAGCUGGACGCCCACCGGCUGGACUUGGUGCCCGACGAGUCCACCGACAUGAAGAAGAGCAAACAAGUCAUGAAGUGAGUGAGCACGCCAGCCGCCGCUUGUGUGUGGGGGGGGAAGAUGCAUGUGUCUGUGUGUGUGUGUGUGUGUCUGUCUGUGUGUGUGUGUGUGUGUGUGUAGGUGGAAUGCCAGGAAGAAAAAGUACAUGUUGACUGACGUCGACGCGAGCGGCAGGGCACUCAAGAGGAAAAACGAGGCGGGCGUCACCGUCAAGUCAGCCACCCACACCGCAGCACACACACAAUAUUCUCACACCCCCAUCCAUCCAUCCAUCUGUGUGUAUCUGUGUGUGUCUGUGUGCGUUAGGGGCGAUCGCGACGUGGAGGGCACCUACAAGAAGUGGGCGCGCGAGACCAACCGCCGCAUACAGGCCGUCGGCGAACAGGAGGAGAAGCAAGAACACACACACACCGGUAGGCUACCCCACGCAGCCACACACAGAUCGGUGCGCUGAACGCUGUGGGCACGUGUCAAUGGCCAUGUGUGUAGGCCGCAAGCGGCCGCGUGAUGACGAGAGUGAAACCGAUGAAGAUGGCGACGAGCCGACAGAGCCGCCCACACAGGUGCAGCGGACGGCGGGCGGAAAACGCGACGCAGGUACGCAUCGCGCGGGCAAACGUGUCUGUGGUGCACUCGUUUAUGCCGCACGUGUGUGUCGCGCGUGUGUGUCUGACGCGUGUGUGUAGGUCUUCGCGAGGCCGUCGAGAAAGGCUUCACUCUGACGCACAAGCAACAGCGGAAGGCCAAGAAGAUCGGUCUUCUGCCAGGCGGCAAACAGCCACAGCCACACGCAGCCAAAGACGCCGACGCGACCCAGCUCAAAACCGCCAAAGAGGUCCGUCCGCAUACCACCAGACGACCACACACAUGGGGCCGUCUGUCUCGUCAUGUGUCUAUGGUGUGUGUGCAGAUCGCCAAGGCCAAGCGGGAGCAGCAGAGGAUGAAGGUGCGGACGACACCGAAGCUGCGUCAAAAGGCGGCCAAGAGGGCCAAGGAUGCGUGGAUGAGCAAGCAGCGUGACAAGGCCGCCAUGAAGGGGGCGCCCAACCGCAGCAUGCUCAUUGUGCGGCAGGGCGGCAAGAAAGGAUUCAAGGGAUUGGGCAGGGGAGGCGGCAAGGGAACAAUGGGCAAGAAGGGCGCCCGAGGCAAAAAGUGAGAGAGAGAGAAGCCAAGGACGGCUGGCUGAUGGUGGGCUGAAUCGCUGGUCGUGUGUGUGUGUGUGUAUACGAACGAACGGUUGGUUGGUUGCGAUUAAAUCAAUAGCAAUGUAGCAAC